CGUGACCUCUACCAGUGUCAACGUGGCCAAAACGGGUUCACAUUCACGAUGAAUAUCUUCCGGUUACUGGGGGACCUGUCCCAUUUGGCUUCUAUCUUCAUUCUUCUGCACAAAAUCCAGACGACACGGUCAUGUCGAGGCAUUUCUUUCAAAACCCAAGCAUUGUAUGCCGGGGUCUUCGUGGCGCGAUACCUUGACCUCCUCUUCCGCUGGGUCUCGGUGUACAACUUCAUAAUGAAACUCUUCUUCAUUGGAAGCAGUUGCUAUAUCCUCUACCUUAUGCGCUACCGCUUCAGACCUACACACGACCCAUCCAUUGACACCUUCCGCAUCGAAUACCUCCUCGGACCGUCCCUCGUCUUGUCCCUCCUCUUCAACUACCACUUCAACAUGACUGAGAUUCUGUGGUCCUUCUCCAUUUUCCUCGAGUCGGUCGCUAUUCUCCCACAACUCUUCAUGCUCCAGCGGACGGGUGAAGCCGAGACAAUCACCACGCACUAUCUCGCUGCUCUGGGUGCCUACCGUGCAUUAUAUAUCCCCAACUGGAUAUUCAGAUACUUCUCGGACAACGUCGUCGACCCAAUUGCAGUUACGGCUGGAAUCGUCCAAACGGGCCUCUACAUCGACUUCUUCUACGUCUACUUCACAAAGUACGGCCGCUUACCCUCUUCCUGCGACUUUGCGCUGACAAACCAACCUCCAGAGUGCUCCAAGGCCAGAAGUUCGAGCUCCCCGCAUGACCCGUCUACGCAGCUCUCUGUAUUUAUCGACCAUAUUACUUUGGAACGAUGCGACUUGGGCGUCUUUCAUACUGCUACUGCGGAUGCCCCCAAAGCGUCUGUAUUCCCAGUAUACGUGUCUGGUCCAAUAAUAGAAUCAAGCAUAAUGCGCAAUAUUUUUCCUUCCAGUUAUGGUCUCGACCAGUCGCAAGAACGGUCAACCUAA